AUGGUAAUAGUAUUAACACCAGUGGCGUGUGCCCCUGCUGAAUCGAAUGAGGUGAAUGGCACCGAUCGCAUUUGUGUCCAUACCCUAAAGGCACCAACUGGUUUCUUCAAACGUCACUUUGAUAAGUCAUUUUUGAAAAAAUUCUUCAAACAUUGGAUACCAUUUGUCAGCAAUGAUCGCGUUAAAAUGCAAUUCUAUUUAUAUAAACGUGACUUUCCCGAAUGUGGCCGCGAAAUAAUCACCGACGAUGUGGAUAGUGUCAUAAGAUCCGGUUUCAAUGCUGAUCAUCCAACGCGAAUUAUUAUCCAUGGAUGGAUGAGUCAAAGUAAAGGAUCUUUUAAUCGAGCUGUCAAAAAUGCAUAUAUGUCACUUGCCCAGCCAACGACAACAAUUCACUACAACAUCAGUAGUAGUACAAACAACGAUACAAAUUUACCGCUAAGUGAUCUUGAGGUAUAUAAUGUGACAGGCAACGAAAAUGACAAAUUCAGUGUCAACGAUACAGAUUUUAAUGUCAUUGUUGUCGAUUGGAGUGUAAUCUCUUCGAAUGUAAAUUAUUUUGGCGUAGUCGAUUUAAUAGAAGAUCUUGGCUUCCUGUUGGCGGAAUUUAUGAGAUUUCUACACUUGAAAGGAAACCUGUAUUUUGGCGAUGUAUAUCUUAUUGGACAUUCUCUGGGAGCACAAAUUGCCGGAAGUGCUGGUAAACAAAUUCAUCCAUUUCGCAUAAAUACAAUAUUUGCCUUGGAUCCUGCUGGACCUAAAUUUCGUGAUAUAAAUGAUAAUAAGCGUCUGGAUCCAUCGGAUGCCGAUUAUGUUGAAUCAAUACAGACAAGCAGUAGUUUGGGUUUUGAAGAGCCCGUUGGUCAUGCUACAUUUUAUCCUAACUUUGGCAAAGAUCAAAAGAAAUGCUAUAUAUAUGGUUGUUCCCAUUCCCGAGCCUAUAAUUAUUUUGCCGAAUCAAUAACGAGUAAAAAAGGUUUUUGGGGUACAUUAUGUCAAAGGCAAUCGGAUAGUGAAUGGAUUUUAUCCACAUCUGGUGUGGAAUUUAAAAUGGGCGGUGAACCAUCAACGCCUAAAAGAGGUACAUUUUAUGUGAAAACUAAUGGUGAACCACCAUAUGCCUUGGGUCGUCGAAAAAAGAUAGAACAAAAUGAAAACGUAGUAAAUGAUAAUAGUGUAGAUUAA